UGAAGAGCAAGGCUAUAUAUUAUGCGGUUGUGGUAAGAUCUAUGACGUGGUGAAAUGCAGCAUCUCUAGGCUCACAGCGUCUCCGCUACAACAUAACGAAGAUGUCGGUUCUUCUUGUGCGUAACAAUGCUAUUCAUCGUGCCUGCCUCUGCCAUCUUCACGAUUUUGGCGUCGGUUCUUAUAAUGGAGAAAAUUCAACGAAGGACUGCAAAAAUCCGGACAAAGUUCAAUCCUGCCGGGCAUGAUACGAAUCCGCAGAACACUCGCCGCCUACUGCGCUCGCUUCGGGAAAACCUUCCCCCAAUUGCGAGCCAAGAACCUCGGGCGCCCUCCAAAUCCCCGCGCCCCU